AUGGGAGCAACAGGAACGGGAAAAUUUCGUCUCUCUGUUGACCUUGCUACCAAUUUUCGAGGAGAAAUAAUCAACUCGGACAAAAUGCAGGUAUUUAAGGGACUUGAAAUCGUGACCAACAAUAUCACACACGCUGAAAAACAAGGUGUACGACACUAUUUGCUAGUUAUUUUGUUUCACAAAGUUUUGGGUGAAAUUGAGCUAGAUUCCAACUUCACGGCUGAAGAUUUCUGUCUGAAGUCCAUCGUCUACACAGAAAAUUUUUUGAAGACUCAAUGUGUUGCAAUUAUUGUUGGAGGGUCAAAUUCUUAUAUUGAAAAACUUGUGGAACACCCUGUUUUCAUGUUCAAAUAUAAGGACCUGGUCCCUGGCAGAGUGCUCUCGUCUAGAUACAAAUGGAGUACAACUGGACCUGGUCCCAUGCAAAGUUCUUUCGUCCAGAUCUAUAAUGGGGUACAACUGGAAAGCUGCCCGCGUCAGAAGUUGGUGAAGCUGUCAAAAGUGCACGUCUUACAGAGAAUGCAGACUCUUAGCCAAUGGGAUGUCCCAAGGAAUCUUGUUUCGGUUUUUAAAAGUCCAAGUCAUCUAGAGUUAGGUGAUUUAGUGGGCAACAUCUUGUUGCUUAGUCAAAAUCUAAAUCGUCUAGAGGGUGGUGGUUUAAUGGGCGGUGUGGUACCUGCUUAG